UAUGACGGUAAGUGGCAUAGUUAUCAAUGACGACGACGUAACUGACGAUGAUUUGCGAUGGUGAGUGGCACCGCGAGUCUAUGCCGGCGGUGGUGGGAUGCGUAGAUACACCCCGCGGGAGGGUGGCCCUCAUCCUGGAGUCUCACCGCGAGGCGGCCGUGAAGGAGGGCGACACGGUCGUGUUGAGGUGCCGUGCUGAUGGAUUCCCCCCUCCCGAGAUCGACUUCUACCGGAGCUCCCCGACGCGGGUGGACUACGGCCACGCGGCCGCCGGGAAUGCGCUCACCCUGCCCGCCGUCAGCCGCGACCACAGCGGCACCUACGGCUGUCGCGUCCGCGGCGGCCGCGACCCGCCCGACAGCAGCGUGGAUCUCCUGGUGCAUUACGCGGACGACGUGAAGCCGCUGGGCCCCACCGAGGCGACCCGGCUCACGGCCGGGGACGUCGUGCAGGUGGCCAGCGCCGCCGCCUCGUCCUCCUCGUCGCCCGCCGGGAUACCCACCCUCACGUGGACACAGGCGGGGACGGCGCUGUCCGGCGGGGCCACGUUGACCCUCAGGAGCGCCACGCCGUCCAAGAUGGGCGCCACCUCGCCGCCCUCCGUGCCGGGCCUGGGGAGGUCGCGACCCGUCAAGGUCGCUGUGGGAGGUCACCGGGGCGGAGGAGCGGAGGAAGCAGAAGCGUCGGGACGUGGGCUGCCGUGGCUCAUCAUCAUCCUCAACCUCCUCCUCGUUGUCGUCCCCCCCCUCUUCCUCGUCUUCUGCGUUUGGGCGCUUCGUCACGUUUGCUCGAGAGAGCCGCGAGAGGUCGCGGUCGUGGCCAGCGAGCGAAGACGCUGA